AUGUUCAAGAAAUCUUGCUAUAUUUACGGACCUAACGAUGUACAGGUGCCGGCAAAUAUUAAUUUUGGUGAUUUCAUUUUGGAUAGAAUGUGGCAAUAUCGGAAUAACAUAGCUUUGAUUAACGGUACUAGAGACGAACGAAUAAGUUAUGGAGAAUUGGUACAGCAAGCGAUGAACUUGGCCAUCUCGCUCACACGAAUGGGUGUUAAAAAGGGAGAUGCGAUUGGGAUUUUUUCAGAGAACAGGCAGGAAUACUUUGCUGCAGUUGUAGGAGUGGCAUGCGCAGGCGCUGUUAUGACACCUUUCAAUAGUUCUUAUAUUAAUGACGAAUUAAUUCACGUCAUGAAUAUUUCAAAACCAUGUUACGUCAUAUGUUCACCAACUGUUUACAAAACACACGGCAGUACGUUAAGAGCCCUGCCAUUUCUGAAACAAAUCAUUCUCUUUGGUGAAGAGACACAUUCUGAGGUAAUAAUGUACAAUGAUUUGACUCUGGAAAGGAAUAGAAAGAUUAAAAAUGUUAAAUACGAAGAGUUUCAGUCUGUGGAAGUUCAAGGACAAGUUGAUACGUUGUUUAUUGUCUAUUCUUCUGGGACUACGGGCCUGCCGAAAGGAGUUAUGUUGACACACUUGAAUUUGAUAACUGCAAGCUCUCUAAGACCAUCCCUAGACCCCAAGGAAAGCAACUUGACCAUAAGCCCAUGGUACCACGUCAUGGGAUUAAUGGGAACCCUGUGUGGCUUGGCUCUGGGCAAAACAUCGGUCUAUAUCGCAAAAUUUGAGAUGGACUUGUAUUUCAAGAUUAUAGAAAAAUAUAAGAUUUCUCAACUAACGGUGGUACCCCCGGUUUUAGUGGCGGCGUGUAAGUAUCAGACCAAGUAUGAUUUGAGCUCUGUUAAAGUAAUUUACUCAGGAGCGGCUCCAUUGCAUAAGGAAACUAUUAUUUCUAUUCACGAAAAGUUCCCAAAUUGCCGCAAUGUGUGUCAAGGAUAUGGUGCCACGGAAGUAACUCUUGCUUUAAUGAGGUUCAGCUACCUCGAAUACAAUCCACAAAAAAUUGGCAGUAUUGGUACUGUUAUUUCGAAUACUAUUAUAAAGGUUGUAGACAUUGAAAGUCGUAAGCCUUUAGGUCCAAAUACACCUGGAGAGAUUUGCGCGAAGGGUAGUAUGUUGAUGAAGGGAUACGUUGGUCGCGAUCGUGGUGAUGACUUCGAUGAUGAAGGGUUUUACAAAACCGGUGAUAUUGGUUAUUAUGAUGAAGAAGGCUACUUUUACAUUCUGGAUCGGAUUAAGGAGCUGAUUAAGUACAAAGGAUACCAGGUACCACCAGCUGAGCUCGAAGCCGUUCUACUGCAACAUCCUAGCAUCAAUGAUGCAGCAGUGAUAGGCCUCGACGACAAGUUAGCUGGGGAGCUUCCGCUGGCGUUCGUUGUUAUUCGCCCUGGGCAGCAGCUGACGGAGAAGGAAGUUCAAGAUUUUAUUGCUGAAAGGUUAUCGAACCCCAAGCGGUUACGUGGUGGCGUACGUUUCGUGAGUAAAAUACCGAAGUCGGCGAGUGGGAAGAUAUUAAGAAAAGAACUGCGCAUAAUGGUGAACACUGUCAAGAGUCAUUUGUAG